GUUGACGUCGUCUUCAGGUCGAUCGCAUAUUGUGCGACCAUUGAGACAACGUGGAUCAAUCAAAACUCCAACUAUCACUACACUGAUCGCCGUUAUCGGUCCUCUGUGCUCCCCACAUCCCCAAGGGGGCAUAGGAAUACUUCGUGAUGUACGUCCGCACUCUGCUGAGAAUCACAGAGAAAACUACUAACUGUACUUCGUCAAACUUGACAGUGUCUCAUUAUUUCGCAAUCCAUCUGGAUGGCAACCUGGGCAUACCCACCGCUGCCUCCUGAACAGCUGGUGCAGGAGGCAGCCAGCGCUCUGACUCGAGAGCUAGAAUGGCUACUGCGCUCUCUGCAGGAGUCCCUUCUUUCCCUGAAGGAAGGUCUCCAAGAAUGCGCAUCGCUACUUGCUCCCAAGGAUCCAGGUUCGACCUUAGUCUUAUCAUCCCCGCGAUCCGAGAGCGUCAAGGGUUUCGUGACUAGGAUUGGCACGAAGAUCAUAAAGGGCGAUAUACAAUUGCGCCUCAACUCCCUCCCUCCUCGUGGUUCAGCCAGCAUUCGCUUGAGCUUUUCCAGCUCUCCAGGUGCCCCGGAACUUGUUCUUAAUCAGCUUGUUUCAGUGAGAAAUCUGAUCAACCAGAGCCUAGAUAUUGUCGACGUUAGCACUUGGACUGGUGACCAGCUCAAUGCGCGAUUUAUAUUUAGCCAGCUUCACCUUCUACAUGAGACCAUUGCAGAAGCGCGACAGAUGCUCAAGGGUGACACCGAGGAUGUGAGGGGGAAGUGGGGGGAAGCUAGCGCAGAUGAAAAUACAUUUGAUCCUCCGUUACCUCCGUAUCUGUCAUUCCAUCUUUGCAUCGCUGAUUCUGCCCUGGUGCUAUUUUUGCGGACUCUGGAACCCAGUUCCCCUGCACAUACUCCUACAACCUUUACAACAGAUCUUUCUUUGACUGGAUUCUCCCUACGGGAUAGACUGUUCGGACCUCGACUUCCCCCACAUGACGAAACUGGCGCAGUAUUCACUUGGCGAGGUGAAGAGGUGAAAGUCAAGGAGAAGAUUCGAGUAGAGAGUCAGGAUCCCAGCUUGAUGGCUGUAAUGGCAAAAUUGACCGCCCUCCAAUACGAAGUACUGAAAUGGAUAGCCUCGUUGAAAGUGCUUAUGGGUGAUGACGAUUCAGAAAGCGAGCCUUAGUGGGCUUCUGGAAGGUGAUUUCACGGUCUGCCGAAAAUGAGAAGAGGCGAAAAUAGAACGCCUCCUGCAGAAGAGAGAACAACAAGUCUCCAACUAGUUCUGGUUCAUGUACAUUGCUUACUAGUCACAUAAGGUUAGGAAUUCAAGGCGUAGCUCAUAGGGGUCUUAUUAUAUGAGAA